GAGGGGCUUCAGAAAUUCUCAGGGUGGUCCGUGAGAAAGCCUUACAUUUACUAUUUAAACUGUUACAUUGAUUCAUAUCAUGAUCUGAUCACCAUGCUCAAUUAUAUAUCCCAUAAGCAUGCGGGUAAUGGGAUAACCAUACAAAAAGUUUGCUAGGGUAGACCCUCUCCCGCUCAAACUCACCCCCCCCCCCCCAAACAAAAUCCUGGCUACGGGCCUGUCCAGUACCAAAGUUCAAAAGCAUCUAUCUUCCUUUGCUCAGCCUGGUAGGUUUAUGUUGGUUAAAAUUGUUCUUAUUUUUAAAUAUUGUAUUGUGCCUUGGUUGUUGUUGUUUUUUUUUUUUGCACUACAAAUAAGACAUGUGCAGUGUGUUUAGGAAUUUGUCCAUACGUUUUUUCAAACCAUAGUCUGGCCCCCCAACACUCUGAGGGGCCGUGGACCGGCCCUCUGCUUUAAAAGUUCGAGGACCCCCGGAAUAAGAGGUUGACAGGCGAAGGUGGCGAAACUCCAAAGAGGGGGGAGCGUGUCUUGCCGGGGACAUGUCUCUCUCGCAAAGGGGAAUCCCCCCCCCCCCCAAAGGAAACUCGAACUCGGCCAGUUUCCCGCCUUCCUCGGCCGCCCGGUCGGUUUCGUUUCUCCGGAGGCCGAACCCCCGGCAGCACUGAUCCCAGCCCUUGAAGAAGCGCUCGGCUCUCGCGUCGCGUCGCGUCGUAGAAUCAUAGCGUUCCCGGUUUUGAUUUUCCUGGCGGGAAGCGAAGCCAUGGAGCCAGGCGCCGCCGUGAGAAGGAAGAAGAGCGGGCAGAAGAAGGAGGAGGCGGCGAAGGGGGAGAAGGGAAAAGCGGCGCCGACGGAGAGGGCAGCGGGGGCGGCGAAGGGAGCCACAGAAGCGCCGAAGAAGGGCAGGAAGGGAACUGAAGCCCAGAAGAACCAGUCCAGCGGCGAGGAGAAGGGGAUGGAGAGGAAGCGCUCUUCCCGGGCCAAGUCAGAGGGGGCCAAAGGGCAGGAGGCCAAGGAGGAAGAAGCGGCGCCGAGGGAGAGGGCAGCGGGGGCGGCCAGGGGAGACGCAGAAGCGCCGAAGAAGGGCAGGAAAGGAGGCCAAGGCCAGGAGGAGGCGAAGGGAAAAGCGGCGCCGAGGGAGAGGGCAGCGGGGGCGGCGAAGGGAGCCACAGAAGCGCCGAAGAAGGGCAGGAAGGGAGGCGAAGGCCAGGAGGAGGAGGAGGGCGGCGAGGAGAAGGGGGUCGCGAAGAAGCGCUCUUCCCGGGCCAAGAAGCAGCAGGCGCAGGCAGGUGAGGCGGCGCCGGGGGCUGCUCCGCAAAGGCAGGAGGCGAAGGAGGCCGAGCGUUGCUCGGGGGCGCGGAGGAAGAGCCUCCCCCGCGGCGCUGCUCCUGCUGCUGCCUCCCCCGCCCUCCGCCCGGUGCUGGAGAGGCUCCGCCUGGGCAGGGAGGCGCGCAGCGAGGCCGCCGACCAGGUCAACCAGCUCCGGGACCGGCUGGUGCGCGCCGUCAAAAAGGUGCCCGGCUUCAAGACCGUCGAGGUCUUCGGCGCUGGAAGCUACUACGAGGGCGCCAAGAUCUGUAGCCCAAAUGAGUUUGAUAUUAUGCUUAAAAUUCCUGAAGUAAGACUGGAGCUGGAAUCCUGUGAAGUUGUCUCUUCUUCUGGUGCCUUUCAUUAUGUAAAGCUGAAAAGAGAUCCUGCCAAUAAGGAACUCAAGGAAUUUUGUGAAGAUAACGAACGACUUUCAUCUUCUCGUAUGCUUUUGGGACUAAGGAACAUUAUUAUGGAUGAAGUAAAGAAAAUGGCAGAUAUGAACGUUUCUGUAGAGAAAAAGAGACCUGGAAGCCCAGCAGUAACCAUUCUCAUUGGAAGUCCUCCUUCUGUUAUAUCAGUAGAUAUCAUUCUUGCUUUAGAAUUUCAUCAUCCUAAGUGGUGUUCCAGUACCGAGAAUGGUCUGGGCAUUGAAGAGUGGAUGGGAACAAAAGUAAAGAAGUCUUUGCGCUCUGAACCGCUAUAUCUUGUGACCAAAAAUGUUAAAGAUGGAAAAUGCUUUAUAGAAAAUACCUGGCGACUUUCUUUCUCAAACAUUGAGAAGAUGCUGCUUCAAAAUCAUGGUCAAACAAAGACGUGUUGUGAAAUCAAGGGAGAGAAAUGCUGCAGGUUAGUAUCUAACCAUUACCCCCAGGGACAUAUAGCCACCUAA